AUGGACCCCACAACACCCCCCGAGAAAGCUCCCACUCGCGGCAGUCCUCCCAGCAGUCUUCGCAGCAGCGCGUCUGGAUCCGGAUGUCUGAGUGCCUCCUCCGUGUGCAGUCUGUAUGCAUCGCUCUCGCGUCACUCGUCACUGCUGCAGGCUGCCUUCUCCAAGAGCAGCAGCACCGAACUGCAGAAAAACUUGCGCCUCGACGGAGCCCUCUUAGACGUUAUCACGCCGAACGAUACUUACGCAGUCGGCAGCAGCUGCACGCAUGGCUCUGCGCUGAGCCUCGCACUCCAAAGCCAAAGUCGCCGACUCAAUCACCAGUUCAGCGAAGACGCAGGAGGCCUCUCCUUUGCAGCGCUGGGGAGCGCGCUACCCCUAAGCUUGAGCUCCUGGAGUCUCUUGGAGGCGGAGGCUUUCACGGCUGCCCCCGUCGCGGCGGCUCUGAGCGCUGCUCUCGCUGCUGCUGCCGAUCCGAAAGACGGAGCAGCAGGAGCUGCUGCUGCAGGAGCUGCUGCUGCAGGAUCUGCUGCUGCAGGAGCUGCUGCACUGACGAGGCGGCGAUCCACACGCAAGCGCUCUCGGAGAAACCCUUGCACAAGCACGCGCAUUGCAGACGAGCCAGCCUCGAGCGAUGAGCAGCGUGAAGCUGCAACGUUGCGGCUGACUCAGCGUCUGCUGGAAUUCUUGCGAAAGAGACGCGCUGCUGCUGAAGCCGCUGCUGCUCCUUCUGAUGGAGGAAGGGAAGCCUCAAGCGGAAGCAUGCAGCAAGCCGCUGCUGCCGCGAUACCGCUGUGGGAGCUGGCAAUAGACCCCCGUGAGGAGGGCGGCUUCACGGGCAGCUGCAUGCGCCUCUUUUGCCUCACAGGUCUGCUGCGAGAUGGCCACAUUUCGCUUUCUACUGACCACGACGGCGUCCUCAUGGUGCAGGUAGGUACAGUCAGCAACACCAGCAGCAGCGGUAAAAGCAGCACCAGCAGAAGAACCAGUAGUAGCAGUAGUAGUAGUAGCAGCAGCAGCAAAGGAAGCAAGCCAGAGACGAGUCAGGCUGUGCUUUCGCCCUUCACUGCCGCCGUUUGGAGGGAUCUAAGAGAGGCUCUAGGCCUCGGUCCAGCGGCUAGGCCGCUUGCAGACACUGAUUCAGAUGGAGACGGCUAG